CCAUAUUGGAACGUGUACACUGUCCACACGUACUGACGAUCAAAAUGAAUAUUUUUCGGCUUGUAGGCGAUCUUUCUCAUCUUUUAGCAAUAUUCAUAUUGCUCAUGAAAAUAUGGAAAACACGAUCAUGCGCAGGUAUUUCUGGCAAAAGUCAAAUAAUGUUUGCGAUCGUCUUCUCGUCGCGGUACCUGGAUCUGUUCACGAGUUUUAUAUCUGUCUACAACACAUGCAUGAAGGUGAUCUUCAUCGCAGCAUCCAUUGCAACAGUUUACCUUAUUUACAUGAAGUUCAAGGCCACUUAUGACAGUAACCACGAUACGUUUAGGAUGGAGUUCCUCAUCGUUCCUGUCGGAGGCUUAGCUCUGCUCGUCAAUCAUGACUUCAGUCCACUUGAGAUCCUGUGGACAUUCUCCAUCUAUUUAGAAUCUGUUGCCAUCCUGCCACAGCUGUUCAUGGUCAGCAAAACCGGCGAAGCGGAAACAAUAACAAGUCACUACCUAUUUGCCCUGGGAUCAUACAGAGGUCUCUAUAUCCUCAACUGGGUCUACCGCUAUUACUUCGAAGGCUUUUAUGAUCUUAUCGCAAUUGUGGCUGGCUGUGUGCAGACCAUUCUCUACUGCGAUUUCUUCUAUUUGUAUAUUACGAAAGUGUUGAAGGGCAAGAAACUGAGUUUACCAGCAUAAAGAGAAACCAGCAGCACUUAGGAAAUUGUCGAAAUGGACAGGAUGCUGGUGAUGUAGUCAUGCUGAAAAUGGAGCUGCCAGAACAGAGGGGCAACACCAGUCCUCAUUUAGCACUCUUUGUCUUCCUCUGGACUUCCUUGGCACAACCUUCAUUUUGGACAUGAUGGACUAGACCCCUUCCCUCAGCUCCCAAAUACUUACUCAGAUUACCUUGAGGCCACUCUGAUUACCUUGAGGUUCUAAUGCUUCGUUCCCUUUAAAAUCCGUGGCACACUUUUUGACAUUCCAAAGUUACAUGUACAUGUAGAUUUUUGCUUGGUUGACUAAAGCAGUUUCCAUGUCUGCAGUCGGGAGAGUCACAUUGGAGAUCUUUGAUUAUGAUCAUUGUGAGACCUCCUGGUGGCAGUGGAUAGAUGUAGCUACGACUACAAUACAGUGACUUUCAUGUGCAUUGUUGUCAGGAAAUGCCAAGGGAUUGCCUACAUGUACAACUAGAAAAAGCCUCUAUUUUUGGCCUUAACUGAUCGAUUGAGCUACAUUUCCAUUGUUUUAUUGUAAACCGAAAAGUCCUCUGUUCUCGGCCUAAUUGAUUGCUACACUUACAUCAUUUCCAUUGUAAACCUUAAUUUGACUGUACGAGCAGAGAAUCUCAAGCCAUGAACACAUAUUUCCUGAUUGAGCUUGAUGCCUUUUCUAGUAUUUUUUUUUGCUUGUAUCCUGUCAAAAACUUGACCUGUUUGUAAAACUGAAUGAAGAUUGUAGUCUAAUGAAAUAUAAAAAAUGGACAGAUUCUUAUCUUUCAUCAUGGUCUUCAAUUUGGUUUUAAGACUUGUACGGUUCGUUGGUUACAACUUGAUAUAGAGUUACAAUGUAUAUUUGUAAAACAAAAAACUAUUAUUUUGGUUAAAGGUUUUUUUGUUCAGCAUGCAUGAUAAGAUCGUCGUCACGAAGAAAUUCUCCUUUCAAACAUUCUGAAGACUGGGGGGACAUGUUAUGGAAUUGUGUGAUGUGGGCCUACUGACUUUGUUGUAAUUUUGAGAAAAGGGUCCAAGUUGUGUUAAGGAUUUUAUAUCAAUGGUUAAAAUUAGUGUGGGCUUCAUUUUGGUGUGACUACCGAUGAUGUACCUGUCAAAAUAGUCAAAAUAAAAGGAUGGAAAAAUGGUUUCGAUUCAGUUCAGUGAAUAAGAUCAAAAUAGUUGUGGCGUCCAAGUUGACUAUCAUACGAAUAUUUUGUGAUGUAAGUUGGUGACAAUAUGUUGAUGAAACAGUAAGGGGAGGGCAGGGGUGUGAUUUUUUUAUCAGUAGAGUUCUUGAAUGAGAAGUUGUCUCAAUUUUCUUUGAUCGUGCUCUUCUGCAACGGAUAUUUUGUUUGUGGUGGAUAACAUUUCAGCUUCAAUAGUUUUUCCCGUUUUUUUCCUCUUCAUUUCAAAUACCAUACAUUCUUGGUUCGUUACAUGUCGGAUCUCUUGGAAAUGAAAGUGUAUCAAAUCAGAUUGGUGUUCAGCAGGUCUUUGAGUCCUGAGUGUUCAGAGAGUCCAUCAGCCAGAUGCAAUAACAUUUGGGAAGUUUUUGCCAUGUUGGACAGAGUCCAUGAGCCAUUAGUAAAACAUUAGGGAAUUUUAUUCCCCGAUUAACUUUUUGCCAUGACUUUGAGGAGGCAGUUCAGAGUUUUGAAUACUUUUAAAACUGAUAAUGCGCAUACUGUAGUGUCUUAAAAGUGAUGCGGUUGGUUGUUAAGGUCACUUUGGUAGUAACGGCAGCCUUGGCAUUCUAAUUGACUUGAUGUUGUUCGAACAUAAGUGCUAAGUGUUUUGUUGUUCUUUUGGCGAGGAGCAAUAUAUAAUGAGCCAUCACUGUGACAAUUCUCAAGGGUCAAGGUUUCAAGAAGGGUAACCUAAAUGCAGCGGAAUUUUUUCUAGAUCAUAGUAUAGUGGUUGUACUUCAUUGCAUGCUUUCAUGUUCCUUUUUAAAAGGCAACCAUGUCAUGCCUGUCCUUGAUUUCAAAAUGUCGCUAGACAACUUAAUAUUUUCGUCUUUUUUCAGAUUUGAAUGUUUUUCUUGAAGCCAAUCUUUCAGUGGCAGGUCCAAACAACUUUCCAUAUCGAAGCGCUCGAGAGAUUUCUUUUAGGGUGGAGACAUAUUUUAAGGUGCGGCCCCGUGGUGUUCUUGAGGUGCUACCAUGGCAACCCACAUGCCUUUUAAUUUCAUGCCAGAUUGGCCGAAGAAUCUUGGCAACCCAUUCCUUUUGGGGAAAUAAUUCUGAAGACCCGUUAUUUGUUCUGAAUAGAACUGAAUUGAGGCUACAGUACACAUUAUGGGGUGUUGUAAAAUGGAUGUAAUUAAAAGGCAUGACCCAGCAUCUUGUAAUCAUCAUUUCCCAUACUUAAAUUUUAUUUUUGAAUCUGUAGGCUUAGACCAUUGGAGUUCAACGCCGAUGCCUAGUUUCCCUUAUUUCGUUUUCGUUUCUUAUGCAUUUUAGUUUUUUCUAAUGGUGAACUUUGUAGUGUUGUCUGUUUUGAUUUGGAAGAGGUUUAAUAAUCAUUAUCUCAUUGUUUUUAAGAAAAAAAAAAUUGUGUGGUUAACGUUUGAAUAUUCUGUGACAACACCAUUUACUCUGUACAUGACGGUUGUUUUUGUACACAGGGUACACUUGAUUGGUUUUGAAAUACUGUGUAGACAUAUUUUUAGCUUGUUUUCGUGCGUCUGAUUAAAGUCGGCCUUAUAACAUGGAAUUCAGACCUUUGUGCAGGCACUCUUCAACGGGCUAAAUAGCGUCUACACAGGAUUUUGAUAAUACCAGUUCAGUGAAGUCUGAUAUUACAUGUAAUACCUGUAUAACCUAGUUAUUUAACUGCAAAUUACAAUACCUUAUGAGGACAAUAAAAAUUAUCAAAAUGUCACUGAAUAAAAGGGUUUACCCACUCAUCAGACAUUAGGUUGAUGCCAUGUUAAGGUCGUUUUCUCAAGUAAAGAAUGGUUGAAUCAAAACACGUAAUCUUGCAAAAGAAUGGAAGAAAAAAACUGAAUAUAACUCUUUUUGCUCGGUUGUCUUUCUUUACUUGGGAAAUAUAUCUUUUCACAUUGAAUGAUAAGUGUCAGUGUCAGACAUUGUUACAUUAUUUGUAAAUAGUAAACAUAUUAUGGAGAGAAUGUGUAUUUUUAUGAAAUAUGCCCCCUCCAACCUUCUUGUAAAAGGCGGAAUUUACCAAGUGAAGCUAGAAUACCGGUAAGUUGUUAAUGAAAUCAUUGCUGGCUCUUUUGGAGUUGCACCAACCAUGAUCGCAAGUUCUGCUCAUAGUGCUUUGCAAAGGUGUCUGUGUCCCCUAGGUUUCGAUGUCAAUGGAAUGUAAGUUCUUGUAUAGCGCUUUAUACUGUACUGUCUCAAACAAAGUGCUUAACAUUCACUCCCCAGCCUGAUCCAGGAACAUUCGGUUGAUACCAAGGAGAACAGAUACUGCCAUUUCGGGCCAGUUGAUAAUACAGAGUGCCCUUUCCAAGCCCCAAACCCCACUUUCUGAUUCCAAGGCAGGUCUUUGAUCUUGAGGUCAUGGAUAAAUUAUUCCAGUGUUUCUUUGCAUCAUUUUCACGAGCAACUUUCUAAGGGAUUGUGUCUAAGCGAUACCAACUGCAGGUAACCUAAAUGUCAUUCUGCUGGCACUGGAGUGUUAAUCUCAAACCUGUCUGGUUGGUGUUUCUCCCCGAAGAUGACUCUUGUGUAUGACAUCAUAUCUGCAUGAGUUGUAUUUUGAAAAAAAGAUUUAUAACAAAACUAAGUUUAGGUGUAGGAUUUAAAAAGCUAACCAUACAGGGCAGUCUUUACUGGAAUAAACCUGUGGUUGACUGUUUUAGUUCAUCAUAAUAUAUUUAAAAAUUUCAUUGUAUAUUGGUUCAUCAUGGUCUUUAUUAUUGAGUAUAAAUAGAUGCACAGUUUUGCUCGUUGAGCAUUACUUUUGGAAUAUGCUGUACAGACAUGUAUGAUUCUAGACUUUCUUCAGAUUAACCUGUGUCACUGGAAUUGGAUCAAGAUGCCUUCAGUAGUUUUGAUCCUGUGGAUUGUUGCUCAUACAUGAAACUGGGACCCAGUCUCUCACAGUCUUUUUCUCAAAUGACAUGCUGUGCUGAGAACAAUUUGGAAAGAUUGGUGUUCCAGUUAAGGUUAGUUGAUUGCUUUAAGGGCCAAUUCCCUGUGAAGACUUAACUGGAGCUCUCCUCUUGGAUGAGAAUGAGAGUGAAAUGAAAAUCGUAGCAUGUUUGUGCAUUCAGCAUUGUUUCUCUGUACAAUAUCACAACAUUUGUACAAAGUUUUGAACGAGAACAUUGUAAUAUUUGGCUAAGAAUAAACAAAUUUGUGGUAUACAGCCUGUAAAA